CUGGCGGCAAAUCGCCUUCGAUUUAGGUACUUCAUUUAUUACAUUUUGAGCCUAAUUAGGUAGCAUUCUCAUCCUUUCUUAGUACCUAUGUACCGAGCUGCACAUCUCUGACCCCAUACUCCCGGACAUCGAAUGUCUCUUCCUGCGAGGGCUCGUGUCUCAUAUCUACCCAACCAUUUUUAGAGUGACCUUAACGGCAAGCUCGCGUGACCUUGCACAAAUAGCACCUUUCCAGUCCUCCCAGGAAAAGCUAGCAUCAAUCUGCCCAUCUCAGAAUUGCGAAUCCAGUCAGUCGAGAAGGAGAGUGUCUGUCGAAGAAUUCAACGCUGACUUCUUCCGGGUUGGUCAGAGCAGGCCAACGGUCGCGGUGUGAAGGAACGAGGACACAAGUCCGGGCUCUCGGGUGCUAAAAAGCAGUCGCUUCAGGGCCGUGGUGCUGGACCGGUACGCUAAGCGGACCAAUAUUGAACGACCACACCCUAAAAUUUACGCGAAAGCCCCGCCAAAGCCUCAUCCUUUGUACCAGGCACGCCUGGCCUCUUAGGAUUUUACCUCUUAACUCAUCAAUUCUUCGUCGCAUGAAAACCUCGCAUCAUAUCACAAAUCAGUUUUCACAAUCGCUUCUUGCCCAAGGCCACGAGCCCAAGCAGGCCACAUUUAGAAUGAUGGUCACACCACCAUCCAUAUCCCUCUCCUCAGAGGAACUAACUUCCGUUACCCACCUCCUCCACCUCUUCCACCACCGCAACAAAAACCAACAUCGCCUUUCAAAAUGGUGGAAAGCAUUCUCCCAGCUCAGACGCCAAGUCGGGAAAUUACUGCUUGAAGUGGAAGCCUUGGAGACAUGUGUGAAAUUCUCCUCUGCUCCAGCAUCAGCCUCAGCCUCAAGCAGCAAGGUAAAGAAAAGGAAGGGGGAGGGCAGCAGAGAUGAGGUUUUUAGGGGAGGUGGAAGAGAAGGAGAGUCCAAAUUUGUCAGAGCGGCGAGGGAGACGGUUGAGGAGCGCGUGGAGUUCUUGGAGAAUUGGGUAGUACCGAAGUGUUUUCUGGCGUUCUCAAAUGUCGUGGCUGAUAAUCAGUAUGCGGCUUUGGGCCUUAUGUUGAUGGGCACGCUUGCGAGGUUGCAAACUGUCAUGAAGGAUUUGGGGAGAGAACGUGAGAAUGGAGGUGGUGAUGUCGAAGAGGAUUGCGAGGGUGAUGAGAAAGAGAUAGCGCCUCUAGAGAAGGACGAUGAUGCACGCAAGGCUGAUCUUGGGGAGGUAGUAAGUCGGGAAGGCGUCCUAGGAAUCGAAGGACAUGUCGAUGACGAGAUGCAGCUCAAGGUGUCUAAGAAGCUGAAACGCAGAGACAAGGCCGAGAGGGGGGAGGAAAGCGCAAUAGGAGGAGAAGCGCCGCCUGCGAAACGACCUAAGAAGAAACGGAAGAAGGGAGGCGAUGCGUUCGAUGAGCUGUUUGCUGGUUUGAUUUGAGAUUUAAGCAUAUACCCAUCGUCUUUCUGUAUUGAUACUCAUUUGCAAAUCAAUCGCUUGCAACUGAAUACUGAAAAUUAGA